AUGACGGAGCCGGGGGACGGGAGUAGGAGGCGGCGGGAGGCGGAGGCGGAGGCGCCGGUUGUGGCGCUGGAGUGCGUGGCGGGGAGCUCCAAGGCGGAGGAGUGGGGCGGCGGCGCGGGCGUCGUGCAGGAGGGGGACGUGGUGGAGGCCGUCCGCGUGGGCCGCGGCUCCGGCGGCGGCGGCGGCGCCGGGGCAGCGCUAGAGCUCGAGGCGCCGUUCAAGGGCGGGCGCACCGGGCUGCACAAGGCGCUGCACGCGGCGUUCAAGCGCGGGGAUACCUCCGUGGAGGUGCGCGUGCGGGGCGGCAGGGAGCUGCAGGCCUGCAUCGUGCCGCACCAUGCCAGUCCCGGCGCCGGCGGCGGAGGGGGCAGGAAGCAGUACGUUCUGCGGUCGCUGCACGACCCCAACUACUUGCUCGGAUUCGUCGACCGCCUCGAGAGCGAGUGCCUCGUCUUACAAGGAACGAGGAGCACAAGAGUUGCAUCAGCCUUGAGCAAGGCACAACUCCAGGAUGGCUAUGUCGCAUACCCAUGGGACAAGAAGAUGCAUGACACGCUGUGCGCAACCAACUCCAGCUGCUACUUCUCGAUGCUUGUCCUGCCCAAGGCUCUAGACAACAAUGCUUGUCACUACGAGUCCUUCGAUGAUACCCUGGCGCGUGCCAAUGCAUGGUUCUGCUCUUCGCAGGCCUCGGGGAUACCCAUCGAUCUCAUGAAUUUGCAGAGUGAAGCUCUUCUCACCAAGAUAUCUGGAGAGACAGCGUCUGCAUCUGUGAAUUCAAGUUCAUUAUCUGAUCUGUCGAACGUCACUAAUGCGACGCUCUACGGUUUUGAAGAUUACCAUGGAGUGGAUAUUGGUGUGGUAAAGGCAGCACGGCUUUGGUACAGCUGCAUAGGAGGAGAAUUGCUGCUGGAAAUCCCACUUGAAGAAGGUGACACAAGGCUUGGCUUUGCCAUCAGCCGAACUGAAGAGGGUUUUAUCUACAUAUCAUCUGUAAUCGAAGAUGACAAGGAAAGCGAGGCACCAUCAACGCGAUCUGGGCUCUGUGAUCUGUUCAACCGGGCCAAGCAGGUGUCGAAACUUCUGAUCAUCUCAAGGGUGUCCAAUGAGAAGGUCCUACCUUGGAUGAUCUCCAGUUCAGGGGCAGUCCGUUGCUUCGACACCAUCUCCCUCAGCCAAAAACUCUCCUUGCACCGCCUCGCAGUGCGCCCCAUCCAGCUGCAUUUGCUUGCUUGGGAGAAACCUUCUGGUCCAGCAGAGAGGAUCACGUGUUCACCGAAACUACCCCCGCCUUCAACACCGCUCCCUCAACUACACCAAAACCUUGUGGAGACCAUUGAAGGUAGAGUAGAUGUUGAAGAGGAUUAUGUUGGGGAUUUGUCGUUUCGGCUCGAUGAUAUCUCAUUCGAGAGCAGCUGGGUAUGA